AUGACAGAUCACGUGUUGCACUAUGGAGACAAGUACGAACCGCUGCAGCUGGCCAUGCCAGGCCAGUAUCCAUCAAGGACAGGUGGAGGACUCGUUGGGGAGAACAUGUUUGGUGGCGGUGGCUUCGGUGCGCCGCAAGGUGGCUAUGGCGGUUAUGGCGCUGGCUAUGGUGGCGUGGGUGGCGGAGGAUACGGCGGCGUGGAACCUGCUGGCCAGGGUGGACCGUGUGGCGGUGUGCAGGCAUCGCAGGGCCACGGUGGCUUCAUCAUCGGUGACAACGCCGGAUCAACUCGCACUGAGCUGCCAGGUGCAGGCAGCGGAAAGACAUCAGCACAGACUUUGACCCCCGUCACAAUCCGCAUGCUCCUGGAUGCUGUGAGCUCCAGUGCACAAUUGGGCCCAGACGGGGCCUUCUGCGUCAAUGGUGGCAGAGAGCUUCAGAUGCUCACAGUCGUAGCUUGCGUGGAAGGAAUCAGAAAUCAGCAGAUGGGCAUCAGCCUGACCCUGAAUGAUGGCACGGGCAGAAUUAGCUGCAACAUGUACUCCGACAGCGAUCCUGCAUCUGCGGGUCCAGAGUUUCAGGACGGCGACUACAUCCGCGUGUUUGGCCAGCUUCGACAGUGGGACCAACAGGAGGGCAUCACUGCGCACCGCAUUGUCAAAGUCGAGUCUGCGAACGAGAUCGCGUAUCACACCAUCGAGGUUGCCCAUGUGCACCUGAGCGUGACCGGGAAGCUGGUCAAGUCCGGUGCAAAUGGAGCGACCUCAGGACAGGCCAAUCGCAUGUCGGCAUCGACUCCGACGCAGGCCGGUGGAGCCAGGCAUACUCAGGGUGGGCCGGGAUUCUUCCAGCCUCCCACGACAAAUAUGCCACCACCCGGGGGAGCACAGGGCAGUGGGCCAGGAUUCUACCAGCCUCCCACGACAAAUAUGCCACCACCCGGGGGAGCACAGGGCAGUGGGCCAGGAUUCUACCAGCCUCCCACGACAAAUAUGCCACCACCCGGGGGAGCACAGGGCAGUGGGCCAGGAUUCUUCCAGCCUCCCACGACAAAUAUGCCACCACCCGGGGGAGCACAUGGCAGACCGUACCAGCCUCCCAUGGCAAGUAUGCCACCACCCGGCGGAGCACAGGGCAGUGGGCCAGGAACGUACCAGCCUCCAAUGUCAAGCAUGCCACCACCUGGGGGAGCGCAGGGCAGCGGCCUUUAUGGCGGCAACAGUCUCUACGGCACAUCUGGUGGCCCUGGUGUAUUCCGCUGA